GGGUUCCAACGGGGAAUUUAGAGAUGGGGACUAGGGCGAGGGCCUUGGCGCGCUCAACGAAGGACCGGAGGAGCUGGACAACUGUGAGGCCCUUCUGCUUGACCAUUGACUCGGCCUCCGAGGCUUCGAUUUCGAAUCUGGGUGAGUCCAUUUUCGAGGAGAGGUGGUGUUUCGGGUCGACCUGGAUUUUGGUUAUUGGGAUCAAAUUGAGGAUCCGAGAGAUGUGGAGGAAGAUCCCAAAGGUUCAACUGGGUAGUCAGGGAUUAGAGGUUUCUAGAUUAGGUUUUGGAUGUGGGGGACUAUCUGGAAUAUACAAAGCUCCUCCUCUCUCUCAUGAAGCUGGGUGUUCUGUGAUAAAGGAAGCAUUUAAUAGGGGCAUCACCUUCUUUGACACUUCAGAUCUUUAUGGUCAUAAUCAUGAUAAUGAAAUCAUGGUUGGGAAGGCUUUGAAACAGCUUCCUCGAGAAAAGGUUCAAUUGGCUACAAAAUUCGGCAUUUUCAAGUCGGAUGACUUUCAACUCGGGAUAAAUGGGAGCUCGGAAUAUGUAAGAGCAUGCUAUGAAGCUAGUCUAAAGCGGCUAGAUGUUGACUACAUUGAUCUGUACUACCAGCACCGUGUCGAUGUUUCAGUGGCAAUUGAGGAUACUGUAAGAGCGAAGGGAGGGAAUGCAUGCAAAUUCAAUUUUUGGAGUUGCAGAUCAGAGAGAGAGAGAGGGAUUUGGAGAAGAGAGGGUUGUGAAAGAGAGGGUUUUUUGUUUGUUUUGUUUUUGUCUUGAAAUGAUCAUUUUAUCCCUUAAAGUGGGUCAGAUCGUCAGAGUGAACGUCCAAUUUGGACGGAAUCGGAGAAAUUAGAAAGCUUGGGGGGUAAAAAUUCAGAAUUGAGAGUAGAGGGGGUGACAUCCCAAACCUUAGGGGG